AUGGUGUCUCCAGCAGACUACCGGAUCAAUGAGAUCUCUCGCUUUCUCAUCCUCGUUGGGGGCGUCUGCGCCAGCACAUGCAUGUCCACCUUCUACGGUUUCAACAUUAUCAGCAAAAACCUUGCGGAUAUGUUCAACCUGACCGGCGCGGAUCUGACCACGAUUACCACGAUAGGUAUCGUGAUCGGCUUCCUCACGUUUCCGCUUGGUAUGCUGCUUGAUCACAUGGGCCCCAUGUGGGUGUGCAUGUGCGCCUGUACGCUCAACGCUCUCGGUGCACUUCUUUACGCCCUCGCCUUCAACGGCAACGUCAAGGGUAGCGUUCCCACGCUCUCCGUCUUCUGCGCCAUCAUGAACCUCGGCUGCUCCUCCUUCGAUACGGGCUCCCUGAUGGCCGUGCUUGGCAGCUUUCCGCUGACGAAGGGCCCUGUUGUGGCCAUCAUGAAGACCUUCACUGGCCUCGGUGCGUCCAUCCUGGCCCUCAUCAACUACAGCUUCUUUCGAAAAAGUGAUGCGCACUACAUGUUCUUCAUGUCAGCGCUUAUCGUCUGCGUAGGCACCGUGGCAGUCGUCUUUAUCCGCUUUCCUCCCUACCACAUCCUUGAUCGCGAGAAAAACCGCGUGCCGGAGAAGAUGCAGGUGCGCCGCCGCCUGACGGAGCGCGCCUACCUGACGCAGUACCCACCGAUGACUCGCUUCUACCUUGGUUUUGGCAUCAUUAUUGCGCUUGUCAUCUACCUGACAGUGCAGUCCUUCUGUAUAGCCUACGCAGACCCGAGCGACUCGGCGCGCAUGGGCAACACGGUCGUGAUCAUAGUGCUUGUCUUAUGCCUGGGCCUCAUGGCGGCCCCGCUCCCGUUUCUGGGCGGGAUGGAGAAGGAACCGAGCAAAGACCUCCCCGACUACCCGGAGGACGAGGUGAUGAGCUUCGAGAACGAGGAUGAGAAGCGUGUGCUGAAGGCCACCGUUGAAGAAAUGGCCGAGGAUAAGAACGCGCUUGGUGAGCUGUACCUGAAGGACGACCGCUAUGAGGUGAACAAGAACGGAAAGAAAGCGCCGGACUUCUCUGAUGAGGCACUGGCGCACCGGCAAGUCGACUCAGAGGAUGUAGUGAUGCUGGAGGACGAGAACAAGGCGCGCAUGAUGAUUUCCGACCAGGAUCCGCAGUAUCAGACAACCUUCUGGCAGAGCGUCCAGCGCCCCGACAUCUGGCUGUGUUGGUGGAACACGAUGGCGACCUGGGGCUGCGGCAUGGUCAUGGCCUUCAAUUCCGCCCAGAUUUACCAGUCACUAUCGAAUAACAAAUACGAGAGGAAGACGAACACGAUGUACUCUGCCAUCAUCAGCGUGGCGAGUGCGCUGGGGCGUCUGUCCAUGGGUAUCCUCGAGUUCAUGGUAAACCGCCAGCCCUCCGAGACGCGCCCGGUCAUCACCAUCGUGUAUCCGGUGUCCUCCAUCUGCAUGGUGGUCGGCCUCAUCUUCUUGCUGGCCCUCCCACUAGAGUCGAAGGCCAUCGUUAUCGGGUUCUUCUUUGAUUCCUUCGGCAACGGCUUCAGCUGGGCCUGCACGGCGCUGACGGUGCGCACGCUGUUCGCCAAGGACAUCGGCAAGCACUACAACUUCAUGUACGUCGGCGCCUUCAUUGCUGUCAUUGCUCUGAAUCGCUUUGGCUACGGCGAGAGCUACGAUCGUCAGGCAAAGGCGAACCGCGAUGCCGACUUGGCUGCGGGCAGGACCCCCAUCUACCCCGUCUGCGCCGGCAAGCCGUGCAUCGCCAACGGCAUGAUUAUCUUGUUGUGCGUGAACGCAACGGCGAUCGUCGGUAGCACAUGGCUCCACCUGCGCUACCGCAGGUUCGUUCUCAAGCACCGCGCUGAGAAUGCGGCGGCACGUGCGGAGAAGUGCAGCCAGAUCGCUGAGCCGAUUCGCGCCGACGACCUUCAGUAA